GGAAGCACGCGUCCACUCCACAUGUGUACUGGCGCCUGCAGAAAUUUUCUAGAAACAACACGUGUUUGCUUCUAUAAUAAUGAGUCUAACAAACAAAAUUCUUAAGAGGAAACUUAAGAAAACAGAGUCUAAAAAAUUAAAAAUUGUUCUACAAAAGGAACAAGAAAGGCUUCAUGAAGAAACGGUAAAACCAGAAAAUGGUUUAGAAACUCAACAAAUGGAAGAUGGCGAUGAAGACGACAUCAGUCAAAAAUUGCCAGGUGCAGAGGGUGCCCUGCAGGUUCUACAGGACAGGAGUUUCAGUGGUCUGGAGGGAAGGGUGUGCUCGGAAACCAUGAAGGGAAUUGCUGACAUGGGAUUCACGGAGAUGACUGAAAUCCAGGCUAAAUCAAUUCCUCCGCUGCUCGAGGGCAGGGAUCUCGUGGGCUCGGCGAAAACAGGCUCUGGAAAAACGCUUGCCUUCCUCAUUCCUGCAGUCGAACUCAUUUAUAAGCUGCACUUCAUGCCCAGGAACGGGGCUGGCGUGGUGAUCAUCUCGCCCACCAGGGAGCUGGCCAUGCAGACAUACGGUGUUCUGCGGGAGCUGAUGAAAUACCACCAGCACACAUACGGACUCAUCAUGGGAGGAGCCAACAGACAGGCCGAGGCAAAAAAUCUAGGAAAAGGGGUGAACAUUAUCGUGGCAACACCCGGCCGAUUGCUUGACCACCUACAAGGGACUCCUGAGUUUGUUUACAAAAACCUGCAGUGCUUGAUCAUUGAUGAGGCAGACAGGAUUUUGGACAUCGGGUUCGAAGAAGAAUUGAAGCAGAUUAUUAAUCUGCUGCCAAAACGUAGACAGACAAUGUUGUUCAGCGCGACAACGACGGCGAAAACAGAGGCGCUGACCAAAUUGGCGUUGAAAAAGGAGCCUUUCUAUGUUGGUGUUGACGACACUAAGGAAAUGGCCACUGUCGAAGGCCUGGAGCAGGGAUAUGUCGUGUGCCCGUCUGAGAAGAGAUUUUUGCUUCUGUUCACGUUUUUGAAGAAGAACAGAAAGAAGAAGGUCAUGGUCUUCUUCAGCUCGUGCAUGUCUGUCAAAUUCCACCACGAGCUCCUCAAUUACAUAGACCUCCCAGUCAUGAGUAUUCAUGGCAAACAGAAGCAAACCAAACGCACAUCCACAUUCUUCCAAUUUUGCAACGCAGAGACUGGUAUCCUGCUGUGCACGGACGUGGCUGCUCGCGGCUUGGACAUUCCUGCGGUCGACUGGAUCGUGCAGUUCGAUCCUCCUGAUGACCCCAAAGAGUACAUUCACAGGGUGGGUCGUACCGCCAGAGGGGAGGGAAGCCAGGGACAUGCCCUGUUGAUCCUGAGGCCAGAAGAGCUUGGCUUCCUUAGGUACCUCAAGCAGGCCAGGGUGCCCCUCAACGAAUUUGACUUUUCUUGGAGCAAAAUCGCUGAUAUUCAACUUCAGCUCGAGAAACUGAUUGGCAAAAACUACUUUUUGAACCAAUCAGCCAAGGAGGCGUACAAAGCGUACGUCAGGGCGUACGACUCUCACUCGUUGAAGAACAUCUUCGACAUUGAAACCCUCAACCUUCCAAAGGUGGCGAAAUCGUUUGGCUUUUUAUCAGCCCCUUGUGUUGAUCUGAAGGUGAACAGCAGCAAGGCUAACAGGCCCCGUAAAAAGGAAAUGGGCCAGCGACGGGUCAAUCCUACGGACCACAAGAAAUUCUCCAGGCACUGACGAGACGACGAGAAGCUUGUAAUGUAAAUCAAUGCCUUUCUUUUAAAAUAAAAUUAUUGCUUACAAAUGAA